UUGUAAACAGAGCCGGGCUGGGGCGGGCAGCGGCCGCACCGGCUGUCACCGUGCGGCGGGCGGGCUGCCGAGGCCGGGCCCCCGCCAGCAGUAGGCUGCAGGCCCCGCCGCUGAAGGAAGACGAGCCACCGGGAAAUCAAGAAUUGCCAUGGCAUUGCUUGACAAGCACUACCUGUUGUCUUCAAGAUAUUUCACUGAAGAAUAAGCUCAAAGAAACCUCUCUCUUCUUAUACCUCUGUUAGCUAGCAGAUGUUUUCAAUGACCAGGAAAACAUCAACCACUUGUGUGCGUGGCCUGCUUUAGGCAGCUGAAUGAAGUUUCACUCCAGUGGUUUUCAAAGCUCUAUUGCCGAAGCACCUCUCUUUCUCGGGUGAAUGUUCAUGAAACCCUUUCCUGAACUAGCUUAGGAGGCAUAGGCCUCUUGGAACCUGUGACAUGGAAGCUUUGGAAGUGGAUGAUAUCAGCCCAGCGUUAGAAGUUACUGAGGAUUUCUUUAGUACUUUUGAUAGCAAGCUAGAAAAAGCUGUUCAGCAAGCAGAAGUUUAUGGGAUUCAGGAAGUCCCUGAACUGGUGGGACAUGAGGUACUCAGUAACAUAACAGACAAUGGUGCUAUGAGAAAUGUUGCCUCCCUGGGCAAGGGAGGCAUGAUCUGGGACCAUUGUAAGAGCAAGCUCUUAGAAACCAAAGCUCAAAAUGUCUUUCCUGCCAAAGAACAGUUUAUGGUCCAGAGAGGGACAACUCCAGAUAAUCUUUCCUGGAUGGAACAAAAGGAAGCAUCAACCUUUAAUUUUUUCAAUAUCUGUCAACGUCGAAGGGAUAGGCCUCGUUCUGUGAAUGACUUAUUGGAUGAAACUUCUACUUUCAAGCCAGGGCAUGCUCGAUCAAGGUCAGAUAUUACCCAAGUGGACUGGCGCAUGGUCCUCAAAACCAUGCCUUUGCAGCAACAGCAGCAGCAGCAACCAUCUCUUCCAGGUCCUCCCUUCACCAGGCCAUCUUUUCUGUUGCCCUCACCAAGUAAGGUAGAAGAUGCCCAAGGAAAUACUGAACACAAGCAGACAUUCCCAAACAUUCUGAAGAAGGGUUACCUGGAGAUUAGGAAGGACCAUGACAGUUACUGGCAAAGCUGUUACGCAGAACUGUCACCUUACAACUUGUACUUCUAUAGCCUCGACAGCAGUGGGAAUCAAAACCCCUAUGCCACGUACCAGCUUUCACACUUCCAGAGCAUCUCUGUUUUGGGCAAUCUUGAGGCCAGGAUGGUGGAUACCGUUCUCUAUGACAACACUCAGCUACAGUUAAAGGCAGAGUCACCGUGGGAGGCUUUGGACUGGGGGCAGAAGCUUUGGGAAGUCGUGCAUGCUGCUGUGCCGGGUUACAUGGGACGGCAGGAUGAGCUGGCAAACUCACCAGGGCUCGGUCAUCAUGUUGACUAUACACAGAAUCAUUGUUUACAAGAGAAAUCCUGUGGGCUGCUACCACCAUCCCCUGUCUUGGAUAGCUCCAAACAGUACCAAAACAUCCUCAAAUCAGGGACACUCUACAGACUAACUGUCCAGAACAACUGGAAGGCAUUUACGUUUGUGCUGAGCAAGGCCUACCUUAUGGCUUUUCAGCCUGGCAAGCUAGACGAGGAUCCCUUGCUGAGCUACAACGUGGAUGUGUGUCUGGCUGUCCAGGUGGACAACCUGGAUGGCUGUGACUCUUGCUUUCAAGUCAUUUUCCCUCAAGAUGUCCUCCGCCUCCGAGCUGAGACCAGGCAGAGGGCUCAGGAAUGGAUGGAGGCUCUGAAGACAGCUGCCAAUGCAGCGAGGAGUUCAGAGCAAAACCUGCAAGUCACACUGAGGAGCAAGCCCAAGGAUCAUCUGGGUGGGCAGGAACUCAGGAAGAACAAACGUCAGUCCGUAACCACCAGCUUCCUGAGCAUUCUGACGACUUUGUCUUUGGAACGAGGACUCACUGCGCAGAGUUUCAAAUGUGCAGGCUGCCAGCGACCCAUUGGUCUUUCCAACGGGAAAGCCAAGGUGUGCAAUUACAGUGGCUGGUAUUACUGCAGCAGCUGCCACGUGGACGACAGCUUUCUCAUUCCAGCACGCAUCGUCCACAACUGGGAUACUUCAAAAUAUAAGGUGUCUAAGCAGGCCAAAGAAUUUCUGGAGUAUGUGUACGAAGAGCCCCUGAUCGACAUCCAGCAGGAGAACCCCAUGCUGUAUCUCCAUGCGGAGCCACUGGCCACCGUGGUGCGGCUGCGGCAGCGGCUGAAAUCGCUCCGAGCCUAUUUGUUCAGCUGCCGGGCAGCAGUGGCGGAGGACCUGCGCCGCAGAAUUUUCCCCAGAGAAUACCUCCUUCAACAGAUCCACCUGUAUUCCCUCGCUGACCUGCAGCAGGUGAUAGAGGGAAAGCUGGCUCCAUUCUUGGGCAAGGUCAUUAAAUUUGCCACCUCACACGUGUACAGCUGCAGUCUUUGUAGCCAGAAGGGGUUCAUCUGCGAAAUCUGUAACAAUGGAGAGAUCCUCUACCCUUUCGAGGAUAUUUCUACAAGCAGGUGUGAAAGCUGUGGAGCCGUCUUCCAUUCUGAAUGCAAAGAAAAGUCUGUCCCCUGCCCCAGGUGCGUCCGAAGAGAGCUGCAGAAGAAGCAGAAGUCCUUCUGGCGGCGGCUGAACGUGGAUGAGAGCCUGGAGGAGGCGUGCACCAUGUUUGAGCUGUCCUACCAGAACACCUGACCGGAAGUCCAGGCCCACCCUGCCAUGACCUGACCCAGAGGCUUCCGAGGGGACACCCACACCCCUGUGAGGAAGAGCAUCCUCUUCAGCUAGAUGUAGAUAUAUAUAUGUUUAUUUAUUUAUAUGCACACGCGUGUGUCCUGUGUAUGUGUAAAUCAUUGUCUUAACAGGGCCACAGAGCUGCUGUGGCUGAAAACCUGCCGACUGCUGAGUUACACUUGGCCAUGAAUUUCAGCUGCUUGCUCCCAGCAAAACUUGGUUUACACACAAGGCUGUUCAGUUCUGACUUUUUAUUUUUUUGUAGUUCUUUCUUUCUUCUUUUUCUGUUUUGGCUCUGAGGACCAUUUUGUUACACAAGACAUGGGAAGAAACAUUUCCUACAGAGCAACAGAACUUGGGGUAUUUUUCUGAGUUAUUUAUUUUUAGCCUUCACCUAGGCCAAGGGAAUUGAGGCAGGCACCAUCAUGCUCUGUCUCAUAAGGAAAUCUCCAAGACGCAGGAAUGUUCCUGGAGCCUUCCAGGACCAGUGUCCUGGGCAGAGUUGAGGAUCAUGCAGGCAGAGCCGCACAGCAGGAAGGUGGGAGUGCAUGUUCCCUCGGGCAGAAAGUGAAGUCCUAACUCAGGAGGAAACCUGGUUCUGGUUUUGAAGAAAUUCUCAGAAAGUUCUUUCCUGAGAAAAGAGGAGACCUCUGUGACCAAUAACUGUAUAUUGGUCUGUUUGCUACUACAAGUCCCAAUGCCCUCCUCAUGAUGUGACUCUCCACCAUAUUUGCCAAGUUGUAAUGUGGCUCUCUUAAAACAGUUUUCCAAGGGUGUUGUGGGUGAUAGUUAUGACUUUUUCAUGGUGCUGGCUGGAGAAAAUGUCCUAGAAUCUUCAUUAAAGACAUUGAGCCUAGACUCGUAGGUGGGGUACAUGGUACGUGUCUGGGAGGAGAUGAGCUUCAGUUUCUUUUCACAGAGUCCUGUGUGGGCAGUACCUACCCAGCCCUUUGAAAUGCUUUAUUUCUCAAUGUCCACUGCACUUUCAUUUUGAUCUUUGUUGAUUUAACCACUCUUGCUUCCUACAUUUUUUUAAUCGUUUAAGAAAUCAGAGUUAUCAUUUUGAAAAGCAUCUACUUUAAACUAUUAAGAAAAUAUCAAAUUAUAAAUAGAAUUAGUGAAUCAAAUCUAAUAUUAUUUAAAUAAGUAGAUAUACACAUAUUUAACUGCCACCUUAAAGUAAAGCAAAAGUGCUAAUAUAAAUAAUAUAUGCCAAUAAGAACUAUAACCACUUGCUUAGCUGUUUGGCAAGGUGGUAGCCUCCCACUGCAGCGCCCUUGUAAGAGCCAGCAUAGCAGUCACUGUGACCAACGGCAGCUAGGAUGGCACUGGAAACAGGACCGCUCCCGUUCCUUCUACGCUAACUCUUUCUCAAACAGGAAAAUAAGCUUAUAAUGGAACAAUGCUCAGUCUUCUUUAUGAGAAGAUUCUGAAUCUUUGGCGCUGAGCAGAUGUCGUCCCCGCAUACGCCUUCAUGGUUUGGUCACUUCACUGUUGCAAUCUGGGGAGUCAGUGACUUACAAGGUCCUUGGUACACCCAGCCCCACUCCUUGCUCCGUCCAGAGGCCAGCUCAUGAUACUUCCGUCCAUUGAGGCAUUUCAGGCUGACGUUUGUACAGUUAGCUGUAGCAUUUCACCUCCCAACCCAGGCCAGUUCCUUUGGUGUCAGACCACACAUUUCAACUUAAUAGUUCAGCACCACACAUGCAUUUAUGUUCUGGUUGCACAGUAGCUGUAACCAAGGCGUGAAACUUGUUAAAAGGCCAGAGCCCUAUUCACGAGACACCUCAUGGUGCCUUUUACUCUUAGGAAAGUAGGUUGAUUCCCCCCAACACACACACACACACACACACACACUGUAGUUAUAGAGAAUGUUGCACACAGAAGAAAAAGGGUGGAAAGUCUCAGACACUUGGCAACAGGCGAGCAAAUUUGAUCAUCUCCUUUCCUCCUCCCCUCUGUGAAAUACAGUAUUUAUAUUUUCCAGCCUCAGAGAAGAUAGCAGAACAUGAUCUUUCACAAGAGAAUUAUAGACCUGCUUAUUAUAAAACAGAUGUGCUCCCCUGGCAAAGUGCCUUCUCCUCCGCCCCCAGCUCCCUGUCACUGUAGCUUACUUUUGCCUUUGCUGUAAUUAAUGUAUCUGUGAUUCCAACCGUCAGCGAGGCCCUUCUCAGCACACUGCGAUUGGAGACGGGAAGCAUGACGCCCCUCCCCAACAUCUUCACUCUGUGUUCAGAAUUUCCUGGCCCAGGUACCCAGGGUCAGACCUGACAAGAGUUAAGGGUGACAUUCCGGAUCCCUGCUCUAAACACCUUUGUGUUUUCACCAGUGCCCAUUUAGAGGACUCUGCUAAAUAUUAGCAGUCCCUGGGAACAACUAAGAAUUUUCCACCCCCAUCAUAUUCUGCUUAUUUUCAAAAGGGAAAAAAAAUAAAUGUGCUAUCGCCAUCAGCUACCCAGAACUGGAACUCUGUCCCUGCGGCUUCUGUUUUCUCUCCUUUUUGUACAACCAUGACAGCCUUGUCCAUGCCGGUCACGGGCCUACAACAACACUCUGCCACCACCGCCAAAAUCUGAUAGGACAGAGUGGAGCCAGCUUAGGAGUGGGUCUGCCAUGAAAAUUCAAAAUUGCUAUUUUCAGCCCAGAACGCCUUAGAGUGCAUGAACGCCCUUACUGUUUUCAGCCCGAACAAAUUCCUUGGUGCAAUGUUAGAUAAUUGUUCCACUGCGUAGAAACUAUCAAAAAAAAGGCAAGUCUGUGGAUUACCAAUUCCCUAAGACCGUACCGAUACCUGCUUUUCCUCGUGUUCCAUUUUUCAUCCCAUGGUAAAUAUACUGCACGUAAAGCAUAGAGAGAAUGGCCAGUUAAUCUUCUGGAGCUGGCGGCCAAGUUCAGGGAACUGCUUUUCACUGAGAGGCCCAUUCCCUGGUGUAUCACUUGAGGAAAUCCCUCCUCCCAGUGCCAGAAACUCAUGUGUGAGACCGUCCAACCCUGGUGAAAUGUUGGCAUCCAAGGUAAAGAAGCCAGUCCCUAAAAUAGACUUCAGUUUACACCACUGCAGGACAGCCUCAGACACUUGGGAAGUGGUCGAUUGGGCUGGAGGAAUGUUCUGUCCAGGGCCACCCCUUCCCAAAGUUGAAACGUCUUUACGUGAAAACCAUGCAAAUCCUCAUCCCCUUCUACUUCACUGUCUUUUCAGAGGUGUGUGGUCACUUUCCUAGCAUAGUGGUAAGGGUCAUCUUGUUAGGGGCUUUAACAUUUGAUGAGCUGAGGGUAAUUACUUCUCAAUUCUUUUUGACCAAGUCUACACCAAACAGAGAAUGUGGCUAAUGCUUGGAAUUUGUGGUACCCAACCCAGGUAUCCUUCAGGCUCCUAAAAUGGGACUGUGCCAUGCUUCCCCUCGGCUGCAGUGGGUACAAAGGUGUUUCUGUCACUCUAGUUACUGAACGCAGCCUGCUGGCCAGGUCUAGACUCCAUGUUUGUCUCCGCAUGUUGUGUGCUCACCCCAGCUGUUAACACGAGAUUGUUUCAAUCCGUACCUCCUCAAAGAGGCUUGGCUUCCAAAGCCAGGGCUUUGUUCUCUAUCCAUUGACCAAAAAAGGCCACAUAUAAAUUAACUGUCAGGGUGGGGCUGGCGUGAUACUACUCACACUGAACACUUACUGCAGAGACAGGCAUUAUCUGAGGUCCAUUCUGCUCCUGAAUCAGGGUAAAGCCAACGCUGCUGCUUGUGUGUGCAGAAUUAGUCUUCUCCAUUAUCUGCCGUACUUCGUUUUUGAAAUAACUGGACUAUGAAGUAAAUCUUCAGUUCUUUAUUCUAAUACUGCCUGGCUUCAACACAGAUGUUAUUUUAUUUUAUCAAUUCUCAUGGUAGCUUGAGUACAGUUUUUUAUUGUACUUUUUAUUUCUUGAGCUACCUACUUUUUUCAAACUUUGAAAUAAUGUGAAAAAGUAGAAAAAGUGGGGCAAGACUGAAAAGAACAACAGUGCUCUCCUUGGCAUGAAUGGGGUCAUUGGCAAAUCCCUGCAUUUUCCCUUGCCAGGUGCCAUACUUGUCAAUAAUGGGCAUCAGGAACUUGGGGUGUCCUUCCCUUUGUGCCACUCUCCUGACCCCCAGCCGCUCUAGGUCGAGUCCAGAUAUGGGUGGAUAAAUCCUGUUCAGUUCAUCUAAAUAGACAGAUGUCGAUCUCUAUCGUGUGGAACAGUGUUUUGACAGUUAAGACUUGGCACCCAGCAGACUUUUCAUUUCGUUGAAUUCAAAAUCUCUGACUGAGGGUUUUUUCUCUAGUACAUUUUGCAGGUCCAUGGCUGAAGUCAAAUCCAAGCCAUUUGUUAAACUAGAGUAAAAGCAAAAUAAAUGAAUACGCAAAAAUAAUUGUGGAAUAGCCUCCUAAGCAUAGCCACCAUUGUCAGGGGUCUUACUUAAAGUGGGUUCCAAGUGGUCAUGCUGCAUGGCCCGGUGCUCACAUGGCGUCCUCUGCUGAGGUGGAAGGCAGUUAGAUGAGACAACUGCUGCUUUGCUUUGGUUCCUCCCACGUGCUGCUCAUCUUGUUGGAAAGCACUCGAGUUGAAGCCAGUUGUUGCCCAGGGUAGAAAAUUCAGGCACCUAUAGCAACUCUCACAUUGUGAGGAUUCCCUUUGACUGGCUGUGAACCCCACACCAGCCCCUCUUCCCUUCACUUGCUCUUCUUGUCUCUAGUCCUGAGUCCCAGCCCAGAUUCAGGGCUCAUGGCUACUAACCCACCCAGUGGACCACUGGGCCUGUGAUCCCUUCUCCAUGUUGGCCUUUCCACUCGUUUCUCUUCCCUGUAGGAGUGCCUUAUAGUGCUGUCUAGUGCUUCUAGUCUAGUCUACCUGACCCACUUGAAGCCUGCAGGACCCUUCAACUAAAUAUGGAUCCCUUCACCUCUUCCUGGCUGACUGCUCCUCACAAAGAUGCUCCUGCAGCCCGCAUACUCUGCGAUGCACAAAAGACCUUCCACCUUUGCUUAACCUGGUGCCUUAACCUCAUGCAUAAAGGGAUUCACAUGGCAAACGUGGUUAGAGUGGUACAAACAUUGGCUUCUUAGUGCCAUUGGCACGUUUACUAAUACAAGAGACACAACCAUACAAGGUUUAAACUUUGUUUUAUACUGUUUCUUGGUCACUCUUUUUGAUUGCUUGCUUGCUUGCUUUCAUUAACCAAACUCAGGGGAAUGUCAUAUUGUCACCAAGGCCAAUGGAGAGAGAAGUAAAACCAGCUAUCCAGGAUUGAAUCAGUAAAGUCAAUGAACUUAAUCUUUUUCAGGUUCAAAAAUUAUACAAACACAAGGAUUUUCUUUUCCUUUGCUGUAUGAAGAUUUUCUUUUUAUUUUGCCACCUGUUUCCACAUGGGAGGUGGAGGCCUCAUGGGUAAAUUUUGAUGAUAAUGUCUCUGUGUGGCAUGGGCAGUCCACUGAGCUAUCAGAUCAGGCUUGCGCUGCUAGAGGCCUACAUUCUGGCUUUGGUCACCUAUCAGACUGACUGUGAAUAACUAUUAGCCCACCAUUGAAAAUGUAAGGAAAAAAAUCUGUCCCCAAGGAAUGGGAAGAGGAGGGGCAGUGCAUAGGCUGCUAACCAAGCGUGUGAAGGUGGUGAUGCAGAAGAGUUCCGCACAACUUGUUCUCAGGCUCCUGGGUCAGAUCCGUGUGUUGUCCUUAUUUCUGCUCAUGCAGCACAGCAGUACAGAAACGACUAAAAUUUUGGAUUUGGGCUGCUGUAUCAUUCUGUGUGAAGCUAUUUGUAAUAGCUGAAGUGCUAACUUAGGUAUGUGUUCUUUUUUCUGGAUUAUGUUGCCUUUUGUUUUGGCGUAACUUAUCCAUAUUUUUGUUUACAUAAUUUUUUUAAAUAUCAGUAACUGUCAUAAUGUAAAACUAAAGUGUUGUUGACCUCUAGUUUUUAUGGUCAUCUGUCAUAAUUUAAGUGCACCCGUUCCUAAUGUAUAGAGUUAUCUUGCUCAAUAAACAAUUCAGAAAGUACUUCUCUUCUCGUAACAACUUCUCUAAAAUAUUGUUUUUGAGAGGGUGGUGAAAGCCCAAGUCAAGCCCUGGAUAUGAAUUCAAGGUUUAUUGGAAGUAAGCUACCAGGACUUUAAAAUAGCUCUUAAUAAUAACCUUACAGAUGGUCUUUGCUUUUGUGUUUCCUAAAUUCAUCAGCUUAUAAUAUUCUCAUUAGCUCUUAUCAUGUUUAUGAAAAAUGUAUUGUCACUUGUAAAGACUCAUGUCGUGUUAGCCUUAUUUGCCAAAUUGCAUGAUUGCCUUUAGUUAUGAGACAAACUGCCGCAGCUCAUGCAUUGAAAUGUCCUACCAGCUCUUUGCUCUGGUUUCAUUUCCCCUCUUCUGCACUCUCCAAAAUGGGUAGACAAG